UGACGUUAGUUCACUUCGAUAGCUCUACGAGUCUGCACGUGAAUUUUCCCUGGGCUCUCGGCUGUCGUCUGGCUUUCUCAAUUCUCAAAUUCAAUCGGAAUCGGUCAACCAACAAACACGCACGCACACACAAUCAGAGUCUUAAACUUGAGUCUUCAUCUCAAUCUGAAUCUGAAUCUGAAUCUGAAUCUUAAUCUGAAUCUGAAUUCGAGUCUCAAUAACGCAUCUCGCAUACCGCAUCUGUGUAGCUGCAUCAGAGUUUCGGGCUUAUUUGUGAACAGAGAGCAAAUGAUAUGAUCGAAAGCGAAAUUUCCAUAACGAAAUACGCCAAAAAGUGCCAAGUGUUUAAGAGUGCUAACUAAUAAAGAAAAUAAACAAAUUGAUGAAAAAGUUAAGUUGAAAAUCUCGAAAAGAGUUAACGCAGCCUAAGGAGUACUACAACUAGUCAAGAGUGAUUUGCCGACGGAAUUUAUUUUUGGUUCCAUAAACUUGUUGAGCGCGCGCUGCGGGAGCCACGCCCCCGGAAGAAUUAGAAGAUUUUUGCGCCUGCCACGUUACCCGUAAAAGACGUCAAGACGGUUGCCUCACGGUUCGAGUGGAAUGAGCAUAGGGACCCUGGUCUUCCUUUCGAUCGAUCGGUCUACAAAGUCGUUAAACUGAGCCCCAACUUGGAGCCCUACCCCGCCAGCGUGGAGGGCCUGAACAGCCCCAGAGCGGUGGGGAUGGCCGCUACAUCGUACAUGACCCCUCCGAGCGGCGACCUGGACAUGGCCCUUGGCGGCGGUGGCUACCACACCUCGUCGCCGCGCUCGGCGGCCGAUGCCGGUGAGAUGAAGUACAUGCAACACCAUCACCAUCACCAUGCCGCUGCUGCGGCGGCAGCCCAUCAUCAGUUGCCCUCGUCCCCGUCGCCAAAUGGCCAGGGCAACGGCACUGGCGGAUUGGGUGGCCUGGGGCCCGGCUCGGGCCUGGGUUCCUGGAGUGCCCUGCACCCGGAUCCGUGGUCGCUGCCGACCCAUCACACGCACCAUCAUCCCGCCGCCGCCGCCGCUGCCGUCGCCUCGGCGGCCGACACAGUGAAGCAGGAGAUGUCCCAUCUCUCGCAGCAGACUCGCAUCCAGCAGGGCAUGGCCUCGCCCUCGCCCCACGCCGCCUGGCACGCCCCCCAUGCCGGCCACUAUGCGCCCACGGGAUCGCCGCUGCAGUACCACCAUGCGAUGAACGGGAUGCUCCACCAUCCGGGCCAUGCGGCCGCGGCAGCCCACCACCAGAGUGUGGCGCCACUGCAUCACGCCCUGCGCGGGGAGUCUCCGCAGCUGCAUAUCCACGCCCACCACAUGGGCGGUGGCGACCGGGAUGCCAUCAGCGGCGGCGAGGAGGACACUCCGACCUCCGACGACCUGGAGGCCUUCGCCAAGCAGUUCAAGCAGCGACGCAUCAAGCUGGGCUUCACCCAGGCGGACGUCGGCCUGGCCCUGGGCACCCUCUACGGCAACGUCUUCUCCCAGACGACGAUCUGCAGAUUCGAGGCUCUGCAGCUGAGCUUCAAGAACAUGUGCAAGCUGAAGCCGCUGCUGCAAAAGUGGCUGGAGGAGGCCGACUCCACCACGGGAUCACCCACGUCGAUCGACAAGAUCGCGGCGCAGGGACGCAAGCGCAAGAAACGGACCAGCAUCGAGGUGAGCGUGAAGGGAGCCCUCGAGCAGCACUUCCACAAGCAACCGAAGCCCUCGGCCCAGGAGAUAUCCUCGCUGGCCGACUCCCUGCAGCUGGAAAAGGAGGUGGUGCGCGUGUGGUUCUGCAAUCGGCGGCAGAAGGAGAAGCGCAUGACGCCACCGAACACCCUCGGCGGGGACAUGAUGGACGGCAUGCCGCCGGGCCACAUGCACCAUGGUGGCUACCAUCCGCACCACGACAUGCACGGCAGCCCCAUGGGUACCCACUCGCACUCCCACAGCCCGCCGAUGCUGAGCCCCCAGAACAUGCAGUCGGCGGCAGCGGCGCACCAGUUGGCGGCCCACUAGCAAUCAGAAAUCCAGGAGUCGAACUCAGCUGCAGCUGCGUCCACUCCUGCAUCCCUCAAUAGUCUAAGCCAGCAACAGCAGCAGCAGCAACAACAACAGCAGCAGCAGCAACACCAGCAACAGCAGCAGCAACACCAACAGCAGCAGCACACACCCAACACACCUUCGUCGAGUGCGGGAUCGUCGGUGACGAUGACCAGUCAGGUGAUGUCGCCGCAAAGUCCGCUGGGCAGCUCCUCCGCUGGCAAUCAGUCUAACAACAACAAUAACAACAAUAGCAGCACCAACAAUAAUAACAACAACAACGAGGAGCAAGUGAAACACCAUCAGCAACAGCAACAACAGCAGGCCUCCAGCAUAGCAGCCGCUGCAGCAGCCGCCAUGUACAUGGAUCCCAUGCGCUACCAGCAUCCGCACCACCCGCACCCGCAUCCUCACCAGCAUCCGCACCUGAAUCCCGCCCACCAUCCGCACCUGUUCCACACCAGCGACCAGUUGCAGCAUCCGCAGCAGCAGUCCGGCGGCGGCGGCGUCGGUGGUGGCGGCGGUGGCGGUGGCAGCGGACCCGGCAGCAACUCCCAACUGUCGCCCGGCGCCGGCAGCAAUAGCGGUCUACCGCUCCAGCCGCCCAGCUCCGCCUCGCCCGCCGGCUCCGCCUCCAGUGUGCUGGGCGGUCACCUAAAUCUUAAUCCGCUGCACCAGCACCACCACUACCAGCACCACCACCACCAGCAGCACCACCACCAUCAGCAGCAGCAGCAGCAGCUCCACGCCCGCCGCCUCUUCGAGCUGAGCCUCCAGUUUGGGGCGGCGGCGGCGCCGGGAGCGGUCCGUCACUUCAAUAGCUUCGGUGGGGCGGGCGGAGCGGGUGGGGAAUAGCAUUCGUCGGCCGCCUGGUUCGGCUACGAGUCCUCCUAGGACUCGGUGUCGAACGGGUGGCCGCAGUUCAAGCGGGAGCAGCCCUAGAGCCGUACAGUCGAGCUUCUCCAACGUCAACUCUUCCGAGGCCAGUUUCCUAAGAGCUACGACGUCCUGUAGCCAGUUAUUCGUUUGAAAAAAUUAUUUUAAAGACUUUAAAGUGAGUAAGCUUGAGGUUGGAAGAGUUCGACUGUCUAAGGAAAUCCAUAGAAAUAUUAAGUAAGGAUGUUAGUUGAUGGGGAGAUCCUCUUUUUUACCAGUGCAUUAAUCUGUGUUAACUUCAGCUAAAUAGGAGCAGGGAGCCGGGAGCAGGGAGCGGGUAGGAGCGAUGGGGGCUGCCAUCCACCAGUUUAGUUUGUUUUAAAGUUUGAAAAACUUGCUUAAAUUAAAUCAAAUUAACUAAAUUAAAUGUAAACGAAAUUUCCUUUGUAUAAAAAGCGAAAGAAACACGCAAUUCAAAUCAAACGUGAAACCAAGUGAUGUUGUUUUAACCUAAAAACUUAAAAAAGAAAACUAAACGCUAAAAAUUAAACUUAAAUGAAGAAAUUAAAAAACAAAAACUAGUUAAAAGUGCGACCCAAGUGUUAAUGAAACCAAAAAAUGGAAAGAAGAGUAAAGAAAACACAUUCCUCAGCUGCUCUCCAAAAGCAAGGUAAAUGUUUCCAUGCCCAAAAGUCCGCAAAUAUUAUUUCGUUCAACACUAUGUCGGCGUCUACAUAGAUCAAGUUAUAACGCUCAAGAAAAAAAUGAAAAAAUAAGAGAAAAACACGUCAGCAGCAGUAAGACAGUUUGGUCGGUUAUAGCUAGGGUUCUAGGUUCUUAAGCAAGCCGUGUUUAUAUAUAUUAUAUAUAUAUGCAGCCAGUAGAUUGUACUCUAAAAAAUUUAUAUAUAAACAAAAGUAAUAAUAAAUAAAUACACGAAACCAGAAAAAUGAAAAAUGUAGAAUUUAACGCGCGGCGAAGUAAAAAAAGACGAGAUGAAGAAAUGAAUUAAGUAAAAUAUGAAAAUCGAAAAUCCAAAACAUCUGUAAAUAAACAACUUACAGUUAAGUCAUAUUUUUAGCUUUAAAUGCAAUUGUAGAUUUUUUAAUAAACCCUUAAAAAAAUGAUAAAAAUCCAACAGAAAAAAAAACAAAAAACCACAUUUAUAAAAUAUAAAUUGUAAUUUCUAGGCGGUAAUUUUUAAUGAAUAGGCACGUGAAGUUUAGUUACUUAGUACUGUACUUUCUAUAUAAGCAAGGAAUCGAAUGGAAAACAAACAAGAAUAUAGCUAAAUCUUAAAAUUUAAACAAACAAAUAAUCAAAUACCACAAAUGCUAAAUUGUAAUAUAUUAAUUGAUGUACAUUAAAAAACCGAAGGCAGCAUAAAUGCUAAACCACAAAAUUGAAAUUAUUUCAACAACAAAAAUAAACGAAAAUUGUGUAAAAAAAUC